CUACAUGGAGUGUAGGAAUCAUUUAUGUAGUGCACUAUAUAGGGUGUAGUGAUUAUUUAUUUCAUGCCCACAUGAGUGUACUUCAGUCAGGAAUAUAAAACAGUUGAGAUGCAGUAAAGCGUUUUCUUUGAAGUAGCGCCUGUAGUUAUAUACUUUUCUUAACGCGGUUUCAUUUUUGUCAUUUAGCGAGUUAUUUUUUGUGAAUAGUUUUGUGUGUUUUUAAAUUCGCAGCCAACAUGGCCUCGAUUAUUCGAUUAUGUCUCCACACAACAUCCCGUUUCACUUUUAUUUGGGUUGCUUUUCUGAUGAGCAGCCUGGCUGUGAUGGCCACAACAUACCACAAACCAAACAUAGUGCUGAUUCUCACCGAUGAUUUGGACCUCGCCAUCGGUGGGAUGAUUCCCUUAAACAAAACAAGGAAGUUGAUUGGGGAUGCAGGAAUAACCUUUACAAACACGUUUGUUGCGAGCCCCCUGUGCUGUCCCAGCAGAGCCAGCAUACUAACAGGCAAGUACCCACACAACCAUAGAGUCAUCAACAACACACUGGAAGGCAACUGCAGCAGUCCCGCCUGGCAGAAGAGCCAGGAGCCCUCUACUUUCCCAGUCCUACUGCAGAAGUAUGGCUACUACCAGACGUUCUUUGCUGGGAAGUACAUGAACGAGUAUGGUGACAAACAGGCUGGAGGAGUGGAGCAUGUUCCCCCAGGCUGGGACUACUGGUUUGCACUGGAGAAAAACUCAAAGUAUUACAACUACACACUGUCAGUAAAUGGUAAAGCCCAGAGGCAUGGAGAGAAUUAUACUCAGGACUAUCUUACUGACGUUCUGGCCAACAUAUCACUAGACUUUCUCCAGUACAAGUCUAACUACAGGCCAUUUUUCAUGAUGGUAUCUACGCCAGCUCCUCACUCUCCCUGGACAUCUGCUCCUCAAUAUGAAGGCCAGUUUUCCAAAGUCAAAGCCCCGAGAGAUCCCAGUUUCAACACCCAUAGCAAGGAUAAACACUGGCUAAUUAGACAGACAAAGACUCCAAUGACGAACUCCUCUGUGGAAUUCCUUGACGAUGCUUACAGAAAGCGGUGGCGUACUCUGUUGUCUGUAGACGAUCUGGUGGAGAAGUUGGUGAAGAAACUGGAAGUCAGAGGAGAGCUGGAGAACACGUAUAUCUUUUUCACUUCUGACAAUGGCUACCACACUGGCCAGUUUUCUCUCCCCAUGGACAAGCGUCAGCUUUAUGAGUUUGACAUCAGAGUUCCUCUGCUAGUACGAGGACCAAACAUCAAGCCCAACCAGACCAGCCCGUUACUUGUAGCGAAUAUAGAUUUGGGUCCAACAAUCCUGGACAUGGCAGGGUAUGAUGUCAAUAAGACUCAGAUGGAUGGGAUGUCCUUUCUAUCUGCUAUGAUUGGGAAGGAGAACAAUACAUGGAGAACUGACUUUCUGGUGGAGUAUGAAGGAGAAGGACACAAUGUCUCAGAUCCAGCUUGUCCCAGCCUGGGCCCAGGAGUCUCAGAGUGUUUUCCUGACUGCGUAUGUGAAGAUGCAUAUAACAAUACAUACGCUUGCGUUCGCACGGUCACCCAGACUACCAACCUGCAGUACUGCGAGUUUGAUGAUGAUGAGGUGUUUGUGGAAGUGUAUAACCUGACAGCAGACCCCUUCCAGCUCAAAAACAUUGCCAAAAGCAUCGAUCAUGAGGUUCUGGAGAAAAUGAAUCAUCGCUUGAUGAUGCUGCAGUCGUGUUCAGGACAGUCCUGCAGGACACCUGGGGUCUAUGAUUCACGGUUUAAAUUUGACCCUCAGCUGAUGUUCAACAAUCUCGGGCCUCGCGUAAGCCGACUGCAGAAGACGCUAAAGUAAAGGCAGAAAGCAAGAAUUUGAAAACCCUGUCCUGCUAUUGCCUUUUGUCCUGAUCUUCCCUUCGAGGUCAUUGCUGUCUCCUCCACUCUUGGUCAAGAAAGGUUAUUUUAACAUAAGUUGACAUUCAGUAUUGAUCAGAUUUGACUGACUCACACCCACCCAUGUUGAUUUUUGGUUUUUGCAUCUUUUUAGAUUAAUAACUUUAACCCUAAGUGGUUUAGAAUAAAGUAGAAUAGCAGGAUAAUAUUGGUAGUGUUUAUCAAUAAAGUUUUUUUUUUUUUUUUUUUUUUUGUACUAUCUGGGCACCAGAGCUCUUUGUAUUCUAUCAAAUUUUUUAGGCCUUAAAUUUUACAACAAUGACAUUUAACAUGUUUGACUGCCUUGUUUAGACAUUUUUAGUGUUGUAGUUGGUCAAAGCCAAAGUUUGAAUAACUGUAUUCUGAAAGCAAGGUGCCUAAUUCUGACCAGUGACCACUGUUUUUAUUAAAACAUAUACAAGUUUCACAUUGUAUCACACUGACUGAUGUGGAAGAGGGUGAGAGACUGAUGCGUUUGUGAAUCUUGUAGAUUCGCACAGCUGCUGUGGAAAACCGUUUUAGUUGUGAAUGAGCUAAAGGGAUUGCAGUUCAGUCAUUUAAUAACUAUUUAUGUGAAUUGUUCUUUGUAGUUCAAGAAAUGAUAUUUUACUAUGAGGGAUAUGAAACACUGAGUUACUCUGCUUUAAACAGCAGCAGCUUCACUAAUGAGGGAACAUUUUUCCACUUUGUACUGCUACAUGUUGGAUAAUCAUGUGUUGAUCUAGAAAUAUUAGAGAAUCAUCUUGGCUUUAUUUCAGAUAUCACUGAGUUGUUAGGUUUAUCCCCCCCCCAAUUUAUUUCAGUGACAAUGUGAUAAAUCAUUUUGGAAAAGGCUUUCAUCCAUAAAAUAACUGCUUGUCACUGGAGUCAUGUUGCCUAAUUUUACUGAGACACUUUGUGAUUGAUGAGGAAAAUGGCUUAUGCUUUAUUUUGCACAGAAUUUGAGUAGGGUUUGUGUGUGUUUUUUUUUUUUUUUUGGGGGGGGGGGGGGGUUGUUUCCUUCCUCCCCCCAAUGUGAGUGUUGUGGGGUUCCCCCCCAGCUGAGUUUGCUCAAUAAACAACUAUAAAUUUG